UUGGCAAAACCAGGCCAAAUCGUAUUUUCAUUGCAUUCAUGAAUUUUGAAGAUAAAAUGGAUCAGUCUGCCGAAGAAAUUUUAAGUAAAUUAUAUGAAAAAAUUAAGUUCGGCGAAGAACUGAUGUUACGACUUGGACCGGUUCAAUCAAUUGAUGGUGUUAUGAAAUUACAAAGAAAAAUUCACCAGGAAAUAUUAUUUCUCAAAAAGUUGCAAAAAGCAAAGAAAGUUAAAAUGGAACAGCUGUCAUGUUCCAAUCUUACCCACCUGGGGGCUAUGGUGGAAUGUGCCACGAGACCUGGCGUUAUUGCUGUCAGCAAAAUAUUCCACAUAAAUGAUAGUAAUAAAUUGGUGAUUGACAUUAUCUGUGAUGAUGGCAAAACUUGGGAAAAAGUAAUAGCUCGUAAUCCGAAAUCUUUGUCAGCCUUGAGCGCUGGCAAAGCUUCAUAUGGAGCUCGGUCUAUCCUUGAUCAGGCUGAUGAUUAUCUGGAGUGCGCUAAACUUUAUCCAUGUAUGUACCAACCUCCAAAGGUGAUUUUUGAAUUCAUGAGUGGCAUUGAGGAGAGUUUAGCAAACAAAUUAAAGGCUGUUGGAAUUGUAGUCAAAGGAGAAAUCUUGCCAAAUUCUGCUCACAGUGAAGUUUGUGAUGACUCAUUUGACUCUGAAAGCAGUGAUGAAUCCGACAGCAAUAGUCAACAAACAACCCUGGAGGAAGUAUCACAUUGUAUGGAGGAACAUCCUGAAAUUAAUACUCUGAAUCUGGAUGUGACUGCUAUGAUGGCAUAUGUUAGCAACAUGACAAAUGGAUAUUGUAAUUAUGUGUUCAAGCAAGAAGUAUUAACCCAGCAGUGUGAAUGGGAGGCUGAAAGACCAGUUAAACCAGUUUUAGAAAAAUUAUUUGAAGGAAAGACCUUGAUUUGCUGUGAUACAGCCUGGGGUGAUUUUGAAAAAAUUGUAAAUACUUUAGGUGGAUCCAUGGAAAAGAAUCGAACAGCAGAAUUGAAAAAUAUGUUAAAAAUAUACCCCGAUGACUUUGGAGGAGAAGAUGACUAUCCAAGGAGUAAUCUUAAAGUAAGGGGUCAUGUGCGGUUAAGGUCAAAGAUCAUAUUUAAUUUCGGACAUAGAAUGAAAGCUUUAACAGUAUCGGCGAAUGAAGGCUUUGUAAGGGCAGCACUUCAACAGGGUGUUACAUAUGCAGCAUUUAUACACGAAUCUAGGGCUCUCACAGAAGGAAAAGAGCCAACAGCAACAAAGAUUUCUUUAUGACCUUACAGUUUUAAAUUUUUUGUUGCACCAUACUUUAAAGUUAAAUGGAUUUUUUCAAUUAAUAUUUUUAAAUGCCAGUUACCCGUCUUAUAUCUAUGAAUUUAUUUAUUUCUGGUCAUGCAUUCCGUGUUUCUGGCUUAGCAAGGAAAGGAGUUGUGCAUUUUUAAAAAUUAAAGAAUUGUUAAAAAAAUAUAUAUAUCUGAAGGCCUUCAACAUAUUACAUACCAUCAUAAUUUAGACAGGUCGACCAUAAGCAAGUGUGUUUUUCAACAAUUUUGUCGAGGGUAUACUUAUGAAUGUUGUUGCUUUAAUGGACAGAAGCAAAUUAUAUACUUAAUUGUAAUUUGUUUCUGUCCAUCAUUAAAAUGUGUCUGAGGUCUGAGGGUUUUGUUCAAUCUGUUUACUUACGUACUGUUGCAUGUAUAACUACAGCCAGUAAUUAAAUUAAUAAAAUACUGUGAUUUUGUAUUGUACCUAACUGGGGAAACUGAGCAAACUGAUAAUAAACGCAUUUUCAUAAAGUUAAAU